AGCGAGAGAGCGAGAGAGAGCGAGGGAGAGCCGGAGAGAUCGGGAGCAAAGAGCUAGAGCGAAGGAGAAGAGAGAGAAGGAGGGAGAAGAGGAAAGAGCCGCCAGCCAGCAGAGACUCCCGGGCGCUGGAAUUCCAUUAGAAAAAAGUGAGCAGAGCCUGGGUUAGCGGGAGAUUUUUUUGAAAAAAAAAAUUUUUUUUUUGAAUCUUUUCCUCCUCUUGAUACCAAAGAAGCGACUCCCAUCUCAGCUCCUCGAAGCUCCGACCGGAUUGCUCCAGGGCGCUCACCCAGUCGUGGAUCUCUUUCCUAUUUGCUUUGAUUCUGACCCCAUCCCUCGCCUCUUCCUUCCAGCUCUACACUCUCAGAACGUCUCGCCCCCACUCCCGAGUCCCCUCCUGGGAAGCGCAGGGGAAUUGGACCCGCGGGGACUCGCGCUUUCCCGGAGGAGCGGAGGGCAGGGCUGACCUCAGGACCGGGCUGCUGGCUAAUAAGGUAGCCAGACACAUAGGUACGCGUGCUUGAUUUCAGUGGCAAGGGGGACGUCGAGAGGCAGCCCACCGCCCGCCUCCCACCCCACCCCCUCCAGCCAGCGGCGAGAAUCGCAGGACUCUGGACCUUUAUCCGGCGGAUCAGCGGAAUCUCCGCAUUGGAUUUGGGGAUCCUUAUCACUGCUUGGCUAUUAUUAUUAUUAUCGCUGUUAUUUUAUUUCAUUUUUUUUAACCCAAAGGAGAAAGACUUAAAAAAAAAAAAAAACCUGUGGGAUUUAUUUAACAUGAUCUUGGCAAACGCCUUCUGCCUCUUCUUCUUUUUAGACGAGACCCUCCGCUCUUUGGCCAGCCCUUCCUCCCCGCAGGGCCCCGAGCUCCACGGCUGGCGCCCUCCAGUGGACUGUGUUAGGGCCAAUGAGCUGUGUGCGGCUGAAUCCAACUGCAGCUCCAGGUACCGCACGCUUCGGCAGUGCCUGGCAGGCCGGGACCGCAACACCAUGCUAGCCAACAAGGAGUGCCAGGCGGCCCUGGAGGUGCUGCAGGAAAGCCCGCUGUAUGACUGCCGCUGCAAGCGGGGCAUGAAGAAGGAGCUACAGUGUCUGCAGAUCUACUGGAGCAUUCACCUGGGGCUGACGGAGGGUGAGGAAUUCUAUGAAGCUUCACCCUACGAGCCCGUGACCUCACGCCUCUCUGACAUCUUCAGGCUUGCUUCAAUCUUCUCAGGGACAGGGGUAGAUCCGGUGGCCAGUGCCAAGAGCAAUCACUGCCUGGAUGCCGCCAAGGCUUGCAACCUGAAUGACAACUGCAAGAAGCUUCGCUCCUCCUACAUCUCUAUCUGCAACCGGGAGAUUUCACCCACUGAACGCUGCAACCGCCGCAAGUGCCACAAGGCCCUGCGCCAGUUCUUCGACCGCGUGCCCAGCGAGUUCACCUACCGAAUGCUCUUCUGCUCCUGCCAGGACCAGGCUUGUGCUGAGCGCCGCAGGCAAACCAUCCUGCCCAGCUGCUCCUACGAGGACAAGGAGAAACCCAACUGCCUGGACCUGCGUAGCCUGUGCCGGACUGACCACCUCUGCCGGUCCCGGCUGGCAGACUUCCACGCCAACUGUCGAGCCUCCUACCGGACACUCACCAGCUGCCCAGCAGAUAACUACCAGGCCUGUCUGGGCUCCUAUGCAGGCAUGAUUGGGUUUGAUAUGACACCCAACUAUGUGGACUCCAACCCCACUGGCAUCGUGGUGUCUCCUUGGUGCAGUUGUCGUGGUAGUGGGAACAUGGAAGAGGAGUGUGAGAAGUUCCUCAGGGACUUCACGGAGAACCCGUGCCUCCGGAAUGCCAUUCAGGCCUUUGGCAAUGGGACAGAUGUGAAUGUGUCCCCUAAGGGGCCCUCAAUCCCAGCUACCCAGGCCCCUCGGGUGGAGAAGACUCCUUCACUGCCAGAUGACCUCAGUGAUAGCACCAGCCUGGGAACCAGUGUCAUUACCACCUGCACAUCCAUCCAGGAGCAAGGGCUGAAGGCCAACAACUCCAAAGAGUUAAGCAUGUGCUUCACAGAGCUCACGACAAAUAUCAGCCCAGGGAGCAAAAAGGUGAUCAAACUUAACUCAGGCCCCAGCAGAGCCAGACUGUCGGCUGCCUUGACGGCGCUCCCCCUCCUGAUGCUGACCUUGGCUUUGUAGGCCCUUGGAACCCAGCACAAGAUUUCUUCAAGCAACACAGAUGAGAACUCCCGCCUGACAGAAUGGACACACACCCAGACACACACACAUUCCCCUUGCAAAAAAAAAGAAAAAAUUUUCCCACCUUGUCUUUGAACCUGUCUCCUCCCAGGUUUCUUCUCUGGAGAAGUUUUUCUAAACCAAACAGACAACCAGGCGGGCAGCCCGAAGCCAGCCCAAGGAGGGCACACUCAGCACCAAGGAGGGCACAAGGCUCUGGAAACAUUCUUUUCUCUUUACUGGUGUUUUUCUCUCUGAACCCUUCUGAAUCAAAAAAGACCAAGAUGAGAUCCCUGCUGUGGAAGGGACUGUGCGGAGCCUGGUGUGGACUGGGGACAGGACAAUUGCAGCCGUCUCUUGAGCUGCCCACCCUGGGGACCUUCUCUGGGGGAUCAGUCAGCAGGGAAGCAGUGCUGGCCACAGGGGUCCAGCUAGACCUUUUCAGUCCCACCUCUUGGCUUCAAACAUGGAGAUGGGUGGGUCCCACUUUCUGUCUUCAGGCUUCUGAGUGGGUCUGAAUCUGGCAUGGGAAUCCUAAGGCUUCUCUAGGCCUUGGUUACUGCAGCAUGGAGGAGCUAGGGGCCGCUCCAGGAGGAAGCUCCUGUGGGGAGGGAGCGAGUCGUGGUUGGGCACCAGUUCCAAGAUGCACCUUCCUCCUUAAUGCCAGGAAUUUUGAAGUCAAAGAGAAAUGAUCCUCUGUUGGAUUUUUGUUUUUAUCUGUGGGUCCAUUUGGCAGGUCUCCCUUGGGGAGGAAGGCUGUUGAAUGGGGCAGAGGAGACCCUAGCUGGAUGUGUGCCCAUAACACUCUAGUAGUCUCCCAAGUUUGCCCCUCCUCUCUUCUCCCUGUUUUCACUUUCUCUUUCCUCAUUUCUGAGACAUACGUCCAUUGUCUGUACAUAAUGGACCUCCUUUCCCAACAUAUGUGUAUAUACACAUUCAUAUACAUAUAUCCUGUGGUUUCCUCUUUCUUUCCUUUUUUUAAGAAACAAAACUAUGGAAAUAAUACCCUACAGAUGAGCGAAAAUGUAUUAUUGUAAAGUUUAUUUUUUUUAAUAAUGUUGUCUAUGAUGGGAAGGAAGGUACUGGGCCCCCUGAGCUCUGGUCCAUUUGGGCUGAUGGGGCUGUGGCCGGGGACUCCCGAUCGCAUUCACACUUAACCAAGCUCCAAUAAAUGUACUAGGAA